GCCAUUUCAUCACCUCUGCGAGCGCAGCAUCCAUCCCUCCUCUCUCCCUGCGCCUGGGCCUACCUCGCCUCAGGCUGCCAGGCCAACGAUGCGCUCGUGGCCGAUCUAGAUCAGGACCGAGUCGCGCUCUCUGAGGUCUCGGCCGGGCGCCCCCAUCUCGCCGCCCACGGCCUGGGCCAAGGAGACCUGCCGAGCCCCGGCCAUGGAGGCCAUCUGGCUGUACCAGUUCCGGCUCAUUGUCAUCGGGGAUUCCACGGUGGGCAAGUCCUGUCUGAUCCGCCGCUUCACCGAGGGCCGCUUUGCCCAGGUUUCGGACCCCACGGUGGGGGUGGAUUUUUUCUCCCGUCUGGUGGAGAUCGAGCCAGGAAAACGCAUCAAGCUCCAGAUCUGGGAUACCGCGGGUCAAGAGAGGUUCAGAUCCAUCACUCGUGCCUACUACAGGAACUCAGUAGGUGGUCUGCUCUUAUUUGACAUUACCAACCGCAGGUCCUUCCAGAAUGUCCAUGAGUGGUUAGAAGAGACCAAAGUACACGUUCAGCCCUACCAAAUUGUAUUUGUUCUCGUGGGUCACAAGUGUGACCUGGAUACACAGAGGCAAGUGACUCGCCACGAGGCAGAGAAACUGGCUGCUGCAUACGGCAUGAAGUACAUUGAAACGUCAGCCCGAGAUGCCAUUAAUGUGGAGAAAGCCUUCACAGACCUGACAAGAGACAUAUACGAGCUGGUUAAAAGGGGGGAUAUUACCAUCCAGGAGGGCUGGGAAGGGGUGAAGAGUGGAUUUGUACCAAACGUGGUUCACUCUUCAGAAGAGGUUGUCAAAUCAGAGAGAAGAUGUUUGUGCUAGUCAGCCCUUUUAUCUCCAAAACAUGCUCUCCCACCUGAACUUAAAAGUGAUCAAAAUGAAUAGAAUCAUCGUGUGACUGA